GAAAAGGUCAAAUUCUCAUCGUACAUGGUGACUUUAUCGUGUCCAGUCACGUCGUCAUAGAAGCGCGCGGCAUCCUGAGCUUGGAGGAAUGUCAAGCGGAUGGUGCGACGCCUAUCGUGCAUGUGAUCGUCGGUGACAUGGAACAGCGGUCCAGUCAACACCAAGUCGAAGACUUCGGAGACGAGGGCCUUAACGUUCACAUCAUUGACGCAGACCGUGUACUUCGCAGAUUUCGCUACUGAGUAGUUUCGUACACAAGAGCGUGUCCACAGUGAGAAUGAAGACAAACGACGAGCUAGCAUGAAAAAGGCAUACCCGUUGUGAGCGCGAAGAGGAUGCGGAAGAUGCCGAACAGAUCAAUGAUGACAAGAAAUUCACGACUCUUCUUCCGAGCUGUAACAGCGAGCGAACCCCACGGCUUGAGACGCGACAAUACGUGUCGACUGAAGUCCGCACGUCUACAGCAUGAUUCUGGCAGCCAGCCUCGCUCGAGCUUCCGUCCGUCUGACCGCACGACCGGGAGUCUCUCACAUUCGCAAUCUCCACCGCACACCCGUCGCUCUCAAGAAAAAGAAGCCGGCCGCUGCUGCAGAGGACCCGUUCGAGAACGAAGCGGAAGAACAAUGGGGCGGUGAAGUGGAAGACUUAUUUUCCUCGGGCCCGUCCAAGCCAAAGUCCACGGUCGUCAAGUCCAUUCCGGUGGCGACCAGCUCUGCCACCACUACGGAAUAUCGCGGUCUCACACCUGCUGAACGAGAGGCCAGGUUCCAGAAAUUGUACAAAUUUGUGGAAGCAAGAAUCGGACCCAAGCCCUCCGUGACAUCCUCCAAAGCCCGACGCUCUGUGUUCCCGCAGCUCAUUCAGCUGUCCACUACUCCGGAACACCUCCAGUCCAUCGUCGCCCUAAUGCACCCGUGGAAGAAUAGCAGCCUAGGGACGCAAGGGAAAGCGCGACUCGGAGCAGACGGCAAACCGAAGGGUGUGCACCCAUAUGAUGACGCCACCAGUGAACAUUUCGCUCGUCGGUGCGAGGAACUCAAAGUUCCCGAACUGGCGCUGAAAGUUUUCGGAGACUACUCACAACACGGGUUGAAGCUCACUGUCCCCGCCGGGCGCAGGAUCUUGCACGGACUCGUAGUCAACGAGCGCCCGUUCGAGGAUGUCAUCACUGCGACGGCACUGUACGAGGUGUAUUCCCUGCCCCCUGUUCACGAAGAUCUGCCGUCGAGCGCACUGCUUCUCUCAGCGUGCUUGCGCCAUCUGAAAACCGCUGAAGGUGCGCAGAAGCGGAAGACCCAGGCCCUGGUCAAUGGGCUCCUGGCUUCGCUCGAGCAGAGCCUUAAAGCGACGCCGCCGAUGGCGGCCAGUCGCGAUAUUCGAGACAAGACCAUCCGGAAAUGGCUGAAGAGCGCCAUGCUAGAUCUCAGUGCUUUCUUACAGGAGAAGGGACAAGCCAAGAGCUGGCUGGAGCGGUGGAUGGUGCAAAGCAGGUUUCUCCCUGUUGCCAAUUAGAAUCGAUGAAUGAUACACUCUUUGCUUUGGUUCAGUUGCUACAGUACAG